AUGUCAUUCAGGCCUACAGAAUUCUCCCCUCCUGACGUUCUCCCAGCGCUGCAAAGGACUCUUCAGGACCUCCGUCUUUCCUAUCUGGACCUCUUUCUGCUUCAUGUACCAGUGCAAAUGGCAAAGCCUUGGCACUCUCCCCCUAGGAGGGAGGACAGGGUGCUGACGUGGCAGAUGGCUGCCACGUGGCAGCAGAUGGAGGCAGCAGUGGAGCAUGGCCUAGUCCCGGCCAUCGGCGUCUCCAAUUGGUCGGUGACGAGGCUGAAGCAGCUGCUGAGCUGGCAGCCUGUGCACCCGCCAGCUGUCAACCAGGUGGAGGCGCAUCCUCACUGGCGGCAGGAUGCCUUGCUGGCAUUUUGCAGGGAUAAGGGAAUACACGUGUCGGCCUACGCCCCUCUCGGUUCCAGGGAUCGCCCUGUGUAUGACGAGUCCCUCAUGCCUCCUGUGCUUCUGGACCAUCCCUUGAUUAAAGAGGUGGCUAAGAAUUUGCACCAAUCUCCAGCGCAAGUGGCUCUGCGGUGGGGCAUACAGAGGGGUAUGAGCGUGCUUCCUAAGAGCAGCAACCCGUGGCACAUCAAGGAGAACAUUGGGCUGUUCGACUGGAACAUACCCCCAAUGGACUUCCAUGCACUCUCCCUCAUCGAACCCCAGGUUCGGAUACUGGACUACUAUGGCUACUGGGUCGGAGACAGCCGGCCCUUUCUAGAGCCCGAGGAGCUCUGGAACGAUGAGGCGGAUAAAGUGGGGGAGGGGGACAAAGUGGGUGAGGGGAACAGGAAAGCUUCAAACAAUGACGAGUGGGAGGAGUGA